AUGAGCUCCGACCAAGCCUUUCGAGCGUUCCCGUGGCUUGUUCUGCUCCCGUGCUGCUUUUUUCUUCAAUGGUGUGAAGCCGCCCCACAGAUCCAAGACGAGGUACUGCAGCAACUAAAGGAACUGAAUUUAUCCCAGGCGAAACUCAUUGCGGCCAACUCCACCGUUAAGUGCACCAUGACCCCGAGUCUUUGUGACUGGCAACUGCAUCUUUACGAGGGUCACGAAUUUAGUGUUCCACUCGACCAAACUGUGGAAAGUAUAACCACCAAAGCACCCUCUAAUGCUGGCCAAGAAAUCUUUGAGUUGACCCCGCAGGACAGUGGGUUGCAGCUGUAUAUCGUGGCCGAGAUUGAACCGAAGUCGAGACGGGAAAGGCGAAGAAAGGGAAAACUGCGGCGUCCGUCCACUUUUAAUCACUUGAGUAAACAGAAAUUUGUCUUGCUGGCCGUUCAAUAA